AUGAACGGAAGCAAGCACUCUUUCAUAAGAAUGAAGCAUGACUAUGCUGCGCUAAAGGUAAAGCAAGACCGGCUGAUGGAUGCUAUACACAAUGGGUGUAAAUUUGGGGCAUCUCAUCGUUACGGCGAUGACCCGACAGAGACAGGCAUGGCCCGAAUGAGUCUCGAUGAUUCUGACAAGCAAAUCAGGGACUGGUUCAAAUCGUCUGUUGAAUCUAUUGGAUGCGUGUAUUCUGUCGACCAGAUGGGCAAUCAGUUUGCUCUGAGGCCAGGCAAGAACAAGCAAGCAUAUCCAGUCAUGAUGGGUAGUCACUUAGAUACACAACCUACAGGUGGUAGAUAUGAUGGCAUUCUUGGUGUUAACGCUGGCCUUGAAGCGCUAAGAGUGCUUCAUGAGCACGACGUUGAGACUGAAGGAACCAUAGGCCUUGUCAACUGGACCAACGAAGAAGGUGCUCGCUUCCCCAUGAUGGCGGUAGCUAGUGGUGUUUGGGCUGAGGCUGUUCCGUUAGAAACUGCUUGGAAUCUGUCCGAGGUCAGCGUUAGUAAUGAUGGGACAAAGAAAACUAUGAAGCAAGAGCUGGAACGUAUAGGCUACCUCGGUCAACAGAAAGCUUCGUACAAGGAAUUUCCCUUUGCUGCAUACUUCGAGUUGCACAUCGAACAAGGUCCGAUUCUGGAGAUGGAGCAGAGGAAGAUCGGAGUCGUUGAGGGCGUCCAAGCUUUCAAGUGGUUUGAAAUCACAGUCCGUGGCCGUGAUACUCAUGCAGGAACUACGCCGAUGUAUGCAAGAAUGGACUCUAUGCUUUGUGCGGCCAAACUGAUCGUCGAGGCCAAUAAGAUUGCCAAAGGAUAUGAUGGGCUAGCAACAACAGGUAUUUUGAACAUGCAGCCUGGAUCCAUAAACACCAUGGCGCAUACUGUGACCUUCACUCUCGAUAUUCGCCAUAAAAUCGACGAAAAGCUAUCCCAGAUUGAAAAGGAAUGUCGAUCGCGAUUUCAAGAGAUCGCUGCGAACGAAAGCGAGAAGGGUUGCAGCUUGGAGUGGAAAGAACUCGUCGACAGCCCAGCAGUAAAAUUUCAUGAAGAUUGUAUAGCUGCUGUUCGGGACAGCGCAAUAGAGGUGUGCGAGGAUCUGCCUAAAUCUGCCAGUGAUGGGCAGCUCUGGAAGCUCAUGAUUAGUGGCGCAGGACAUGAUGCAUGUUACACAAACCGACGGUGUCCUACUUCGAUGAUCUUCACCGUGACGAAAGAUGGUAUAUCUCAUAACCCUCGGGAAUAUUGCAGUCCAGAAGACUGUGAGCUGGGAGCUCAAACUCUACUUGGCGCCGUACUGAGAUAUGACAAGCUGCGGGCAGAGCGUGGUGAGCUUUGA